GACGACCACGACAAAAUGGCGACUCUGCAGGGCGGGCUUCUGGGGCCCCUCCCGGACCCCGGGGCCCUGAGCCCCGCGCAGGUAGAGCAGCUGCGCAACUUAAAGAUUCAGACUCGGAUUGCUAAUGAAAAGUAUCUAAGGACGCACAGAGAAGUGGACUUGCUCAUAAGUGGUUUCCUCCGAGAAAUGUUUUUGAAGAGACCAGACAACAUCGAAGAAUUUGCUGCAGACUAUUUCACGGAUCCAAGACUUCCCAACAAGAUUCACAUGCAGCUAAUUAAGGAGAAGAAAGUAGCUAAUUAGCAAAAUCAUGAUGUUCAGCUGUUGAGAGAGACCAGAAAGAAUCCAGCCUCAGGGGUCAUCUGGAAACAAGAGAGCCUUGUUGCCGUCAGUGUGGGUUUCCAAGCUGCCUUGGGCUGUGUCUACUACUGUAAAGGCUUAUAAAGAUUCUCAUUAAAAACA